AUGACUGCCGUCGCCUCUACUAACGGGAAGCAUGAAUCAGAUCACAACCAACCCAUAGAGUGUCCAAGGUUUUCCCGUGGAAAGAAGGAGAUUGUGUUGGACCGUGAGGAUGCAAAGGGGAAGGACUCUGUAAUGAACUCCCCCGUUUCGGGAAGACAAUCAGUGAGUCCUACCCUGUCAAAUGCUACUGGUAAUACUACGAAAUCUAUCAUGAAUGUUACAGGAACUUCGGGCGCGGUGGUGAGCAAUACGCCGGAGCCUGGCUUGAAAAGGGUUCCCGCCGUCACUUUUAGUGAUCUGAAGCAGCAACAAAAGCAUGAUAGUCUGGCUCAACUGAAAAAUGAAUCGGAAAAGAAUAAAGUCCCAAACAGCACUUUAACAAUUACUUCUAAUUCUGUUGCCGGGAAUCCUGCAGCAAUACCGAAUAACAUCACUACUCCAAGACCGGCGCAAAUAUCAGGCUCUCCGCUUGUCAAUGAGAUGAAGGAUUUUGUUCCUAAGGGGAACGGUAGGCUCAAAAUAGUCGAUUCGAUCAAGCCUGGCAAUAUUAUGGCCUCAUCGACUCCAGUAAACAAGGAAAACGAUAAAGUCGCUGCUAAGGUUCCCACCAGUGUUACACUGCGAAAGGAGGAUUCACACGAUGAGGCCGACAAUCUUUUAAUCCAACUUAAUUCAAGGUCUGCUUCAGAGGAUACAUCAGUAAAGCAAUCGGCCAUACCCUCCAUCAUUCCUAAAAGGGAAAAUUCUAAAAAUUUGGACCCCAGGUUACCGCAAGAUGAUGGGAAAUUGCACGUACUAUUUGGCGCCACAGGUUCGUUGUCGGUAUUCAAGAUCAAACCAAUGAUUAAAAAAUUAGAAGAAAUAUAUGGUCGUGAUAGAAUAAGCAUUCAAGUUAUCCUAACACAAUCAGCAACACAGUUUUUCGAACAAAGAUAUACCAAAAAAAUUAUCAAGUCUUCAGAAAAACUAAAUAAACUUUCACAAUAUGAUUCCACUCCAACAACUCCGGUAACACCAACGCCGGGCCAAUGUAACAUGGCUCAAGUGGUGGAGCUACCUCCGCAUAUUCAGCUCUGGACAGAUCAAGAUGAAUGGGACGCAUGGAAACAACGGACUGACCCCGUCCUUCAUAUAGAGCUACGUCGUUGGGCGGAUAUAUUAGUUGUGGCCCCACUCACUGCAAACACACUAUCGAAGAUUGCUUUGGGACUGUGCGAUAAUCUCCUAACGAGUGUCAUCAGAGCUUGGAACCCAAGUUACCCAAUUCUUUUGGCGCCCUCCAUGGUGAGUAGCACUUUUAAUUCGAUGAUGACAAAGAAACAAUUACAAACCAUAAAAGAGGAAAUGUCUUGGGUCACUGUUUUCAAACCUUCCGAAAAAGUAAUGGAUAUAAAUGGUGACAUCGGUCUUGGUGGUAUGAUGGACUGGAACGAGAUUGUAAACAAGAUCGUCAUGAAAUUGGGUGGGUAUCCAAAGGAUAACGAAGAAGAAGACGAAGAAGACGAGGAUGAAGAUGACGAAGAAGAGGAAGAAGAAGAGACGGAAGAUAACAAGAACGAAAACAACAACGACGAUGACGACGACGAUGACGAUGACGAUGACGACGAGGACGAGGAUGAUGACGAUGACGAGGAUGAUGACGAGGACGAAGUAGAAACUCCAGGUAUAGUAGAUAAGCAUUAA